AUUUCUGUUUUAUUUUUUUGUUUAGGAACAUGUACAUUACCAAGUGAUUUAGUUGGAACGUGGAUUAGCAGUACUAAAGGUUUUAUAACGUUUACCAGUUCAUCCAUCAGUGGAUAUACUAUCAGUAACUUCGGACAAUUUGAAUUUAACUGCACAGAUUCAUAUGGUUCCAAACUAGUUUUAAAGUCUUCUUCAUUUUCGUAUCUAGGAUUACAGUGGGAAGCGUAUUUAUGUUUAGAUUUAACGUCUGUUUCGUCAUAUUUAUAUACUUAUUACUUAGGAUCAGUGUCUGAAACUGAUGCCCAGAAUGAAAGAGUGAAGAUAUUUGUAUUGGGUGUAAAUCCGGCUGCUUCAGCUGUCUGUGAUAGAACUGGUGGUAAUGAUAUUGGAACAUAUGAUGUUCUACUUAAAAAUGAUUCAACAACAAGUGCUAUGAUUUCAUGUCCAACAAGUUUACAGGCUUACUGGUCAUAUACUAUAGAUAAUGGUAAUGGAACAGACUGUUUAAAUGAUUCCUAUCUUGAUGUGUGUUCAGAUGAUAAAACUUUAAGUUUUAAUUAUACCAGAUGUAGUAGUAAUGUAGGUUAUUCUGCGGAUGGAUCAUUAUCAUGUUUAUAUGAAUCUACCAAUGGAACAUCAUCGUAUCUUACUCUAUAUAAUAAUGAUAAUAAUAAUACAGAUGAAACUACAACUUACAGAUUUACAUGUCUGGUAUAUGAAGUAACAUCUAAUGGUAUAUCUAUGACACAGUAUCCACAAGCUUGUUUAACCAAUCAAACUACACAGUCUGUUACAUCUCCUGGGGCUGCCAUACUACUCUCUAAUAAAGGUUAG